CAAGAACGCCGUGACUGAGACUGGCCACCAUGACUCAUGUACAAGGUCUAACCGUUGUAUCGGCCGUGCUGCUGUUGAGUAGCGGCGUCACGACGUUUGAUCUCGACGUGGGGGGUCUGUGUGACGUGGAGACCGAGUCCUGUGCGUGUGGGUCCACCGGUCUCAGCUUCGUCAUCUCAUACAAGGCGUGUGCAGCUUUCUACCGCUGGAAGCCGUACUGCCGGCCGUGCGGUGACGUGGAUCACGGUGAGAUCUGUCCGCAGUACCGGUACUGUGCCGAAUGUCGUGACGUCAGGUACGGGGAGUCUGACGGCUGCGCCAGGUGUCCGUACAACAAGUACGGCAAGUUCUGCACACUAGAUUGUAACUGCCGGAACGGAGGAGUUUGUAAGCCGGACGGAAGCUGCGAAUGUUCCGCGGCGUUUCACGGUCGAUACUGCCAGCACGAAGUCGCGCCACAAGUUGUCUGUCGUGAUCGGGGGACUCCAUCAAACGGUCAGUUGAGGUCACGGCCCUCGGACAGCUACACGGAGGGGUCAACUGUCCGGUUUGAGUGUAAUGACGGUUACGUCCUGCGCGGCUCCAGCACGUCCCGGUGUGAAGCGUCCGGGAGUUGGAGCCACCCUCUCCCGGCAUGUGUGAAGGUUUGUCAGGACCCGGGCGCGCCUGCCAACGGUGCAGUGGUCCGAACCGGGUAUCGACAACAACAACAACGACAACAACCGCCCGCCUCGCAACACAACAUCGGCAGUCAGCUCACAUUUAGGUGCAAUGACGGGUACCGUCUGGUAGGGGGCGCUCAGAUCAUCUGUCUGUACGAUGGGCAGUGGAACGACGUCCUCCCAACUUGUGUACGCGUUUGUUCUUUGCCGGCCAUACCACAAAACUCUGUCAUUCGAGCACCCCGGGGACGAGACCAGGUAGACGAGGGCGAGGACGUGACGUAUGCAUGCAACCCUGGGUACGAGCUGACAUCCGGGUCUCUGACAAGAAGAUGUCAGAGUGACGGAGGAUGGAGCCUAGAGGCCCCAGUUUGCAAGAUUUCCUGCGGCCGGCCUGAAGACGCCCCCCGUGCCGACAUGGUCGUGUCCGGGACGGUGGAGGGGGACUCUGUGACGUACAGCUGCCACCCUGGGUACGAGAGGACGCGGGGUAACCUGGAGCGGUGGUGUGUGUCUGACGGGCGGUGGAGUGGAGAACCUCCCAGAUGUAUGAAACAGUGUGAUGACCCGGGCAUGCCCGUGCACGGCUCACGACUCUGGGAAGGAGAGCCCCAGCGGGAGGGAUCUGCCGUCAUCUACCGGUGCAACACUGGGUACGAGCUGGUUGGGGACGAGAGGAGGGAAUGUCGGCCCUCUGGGAACUGGACCGGAGAACUGCCACUCUGCGUGAUGGCAACAACCUGUGAUGACCCCGGUGACGUGGGUAACGCAGACCGGAACGUGCUCGGCUCGGAGGCGCCGACGUUCCUGACCGGGACGCGGGUGGUCUACACCUGCCGGCCGCCCUACAGGAUCGUCGGUCAUCCCGAGAGGAGGUGUCUGUCCAACGGGACCUGGACCGGGCAUCAGCCAGUCUGUACCAAAUUCGCUGUUUGUGAGGAUCCCGGCACCCCUUUGAAUGCCAUACGGAAGGUCCUACCGCCUGCACAGGGUCAGUCUGGUACUCCCAGACGGAGGGUUAACAGCAGGCUUCUGACUUUCUUCGGUCUGCGGCCCCUGAGUCACGUCCCGGCGGCGACCCCGGACGAGCCUUCGGCGGAGGGGUCGGGAGGUGACGAUCCCGCGGGUAGGGACCCCGAGCCGCGCAGUCUCCCCCCGGGAUACCACAAACUCCACACCCGCCUGGUGUACAGCUGCGAGUCGCAGUUCUACAAACUGUCCGGACCUUCUCAGAGGACAUGUCUGAGUCACGGGCAGUGGAGCGGCAGACAACCCACCUGUUUACCAGUUUGCGGCAAGAGUCCUGGUGCCAAGACUCCCUUCAUCUUUAACGGUAACGUGAGUGCAGAGGGACAGUGGCCGUGGCAGGCAGCCAUACUCAGGAACGUGCAGAACUCAACAGGACACAUCUUCUUUUACCUGAUCUGUGGCGGCGCCGUCCUGAAUGACGAGUGGAUCAUCACGGCUGCGCACUGCGUGACCUUCCCGGACAGCAGUGCGGUUAUCGACCUGGACAACAUCAAGGUCAAACUGGGGAAGUUCUACCGGGACGAGGCGCUGGACGACGACUAUGUGCAGGAGUUUCAGGUUGAUGAGAUCCAUGUCCAUCGGCAGUUUGAACCCUUCACACUGGACAAUGACGUGGCGCUGAUCCGGCUGUCCAAGAGAGCCACUCUAACGGACCGGGUCCGGCCUGUCUGCCUCCCUACAAGACAGACGGCACAGAAACACCUGAGAGCGGGUUCGGAGGGGGUGGCUAUCGGCUGGGGUACCACGGAGACCGGGGAGGUGGCGGCCCAGCUAAAGCACGCCCGUGUGCCGGUUAUCGACCCCGACACGUGUGAAGCCGCCUAUGCCGAGAAGAACAUCGGACUGACGGUCACCAGGAACAUGUUCUGCGCUGGAUACGAGGAAGGGAAGGUGGACGCAUGUGCAGGUGACAGUGGCGGGCCCAUCGUGUUCCAGACAGGAGAGGGGGAGGAGAAGAGAUGGGUGUUGGAGGGGCUGGUGAGCUGGGGCAGUCCUGAGGGCUGCGGCCUGCCCAUGCAGUACGGCGGAUACGUCAAACUCGUCAAAUUUGUCCGCUGGAUUGAUAGUUUCAUUUGAACACCUGUUAGUGCUACUGGUACAUGGUUGGAGAUCUAGGUAAUAAGAUACACCAUAAAAAAACUACUCAAGCAACUGGAUAUGAUUUUGGAAACUGUCAGACGUUUUGGGUAGCAUCCACUACUUUUUAAGUGUCAUUAACGAAAUGUAGUGGAGGCUACCUGAAACGCCUGGCCGUUUCCAAAAUCAUAUCCAGUUGCUUGAGUAAAUUUUUUUGGCAUAGUUGAGAUUAUAUGGCCCGUUCCCAUUCAAGUGUGCAAAAUGCUGUAGCCAUGCUUUACGUUUAGGUAUGAGCCAAAUCAUGGACCUCAUCGUUGCUUUCUUCACUUUGCCACUACACUUUGCCGCUGCACUUACAAUGUUUCACGAAAAAUGUACCACAACACUAGGUUUGGUUGAUGACUUGAAUGACAUGAAAUUAUAGCCGCGGGUUUAGAGAGUUCUGGAACCUCCGCCAUCGCAGAUUUCUGUAACCUCCGUUAUCGCUCAAGUAUUUUAGUCGGUUGUAGACUAGUUUAGAUAGAGCCACAUGUAAGACAAGAAAUUGUCGUUUUGACAACAUUUUUCUGGGUUUCUAAGGGAAGAAGAAAGGAGUGUUCGCUGUCAUUUUAAAGCCAUCCUUGUUGAACAAAAUGUUUCACAGUCAUGACUGUAAUCCCCGUAACCUUUGUUUGUUACUUAGUAGUAAACCUUAUCUGCUAAAGCUAAAAACUGUAAACACCAUAAUUUUUGGACAAAAAAAGCCACAAAGUGAGAUGUUAUAACCUAGGUUACUGGUAUUCUGUACAUUUCAAUGAGAAUGAGCCAUAGAUGAUAUCACAAAGAAAGCACAUAGAAUAAAAGUCAAAGUCACCACCGUUUAUUUGUCGAAAAAAGUAGAUUCCAGGAAGAUAUGCCUUCCUCGUUCUCAUAACUCGUCAAAAUUUCUUCAAUAAAUCGCAUCGUGGAAUACAAUUAGACCAUUUUCCAGCUAAAUUUAAGAACAGUUUUAAAACUUUUUAUAUAGAUCAAGCUGUUUCCACAAUUUUUAUACUCAAUAAAACGUCACCAUAUCUUACACAUGCAAA